AUGAAGUCUACUAUCAUCCUCGCCUUGGCUAGUAUUGCCAUCGCAGCUCCCACCUCCACCAUCGAAAACCGUCAGCUGCCCGGUUUCGGUUCCAGCACUGGAACCGGCAGUGCACUGGAUGCCUGGAAGUCUUUCAUGCCAGGACUUUCGGGGUCUGGUAGCAGCUCCGACGACUCUAGCUCCUCCUUCGGUACCCUCGCACGCAGUGGCAGUGGAUUCCCGGGUUUCGGCUCGGGCUCUUCAACCGAGAAGGGUGUGACCCAGAAUGACGGCUGCAAGGAGUACACGUUCAUCUUUGCACGCGGAACUGGCGAAACGGGUAACAUGGGUACCGUCUUGAACUCCCUGACCGGCGACAAGGUCACCGUGCAGGGAGUGGAUUAUCCCGCGGAUGCAGCGGGCAACACAGCGAUGGGUGGAACCGGCGGUCCCACCAUGGCCAAGCUCGUCAAGCAGGCUCUCAGCCAGUGCCCUAAGACCAAGGUCUUGCUGGGUGGAUACUCCCAGGGUGCCAUGGUCGUCCACAAGGCUGCUAGCAGCCUCGAUGCUGACCAGGUUACUGCUGCCGUUCUCUUCGGUGACCCACUCAAGGCUCAGAGUGUCGGUAAGGUUCCCGAUGAUAAGGUCAAGGAGUUCUGUCACCAAGGUGACCCUGUCUGCCUCAACGGAGGAAAUACCAUGGCGCACCUUACUUAUGGCUCUGAUACUGAGGAGGCUGGGAAGUUUUUGAUUGAAGCUGCUGGUGGUUCUUCUUCGUAG